AGAGAGAGAGAGAGAUGUGCGGUACAGCGGGAUUACUGUAGGAUCUCACCGGACUGGAGUCAAACCCCAACACCAAGGACACUCACGCUAACGGUCCUGACACGCGCGCGCACUCGUGAGUGAGUGUGUGUAUGUGUGUAUGUGUGUGUUCCUGUGACUGUACACUAACUCUCAUGCUGUGUGUUCCGGGAGCUCUGUUUGAGGUGAACACUCUGAAAGGUGUAUUCGGUUUCAGUCUCGUAAACCGAGAUCACAUCGGUUCCUUCUUCAGGGUUUGACGCUUUACCUGUUUGCUUUCUCCGAGUGGAUCGGAACCGGACAUGGACACAUCGGACACAUCGGACACACCGGCACGUCUUGAACCCCAACCCAGCAGCUCCACAUCCACAAGCUUUAGGAAUAUGAGAAGAAGGACUCUUUUCCCUCUCCGGAUCAACAGUUUUGUCGCUUUCUUUGCUAUCUUCUGCACGGAAGUGCUGUGUGUGCAGUCUUUACCUCUGCACUUCUCCAAAGAGCCCCAGUCCCAGGAUGCGCUGCACGGUCGCAGUGCCAUGUUGCGCUGUGAGGUCAGUGAAACGAUUGGCGUGAAAUACUCGUGGCUGCAGGACGGUGAUCCAGUGCACGACUCGGAGCGACGCUUUAUGGAGAACGGAAACCUCAAAUUUUCUGCGGUGGAUCGCCACCUUGACACAGGCAACUUCCAAUGUGUGGCCACAAGCUUGACCUCUGGAGAGGUGGCCACAUCCACCAAUGCCUCCUUCAACAUCAAGUGGCUUGACAGCGGCCCGGUGACUCUGAAAGAACCUGCCUCUCUGCUGGAGAUAGAUGAUGCUGAACAAAUCAUAUUACAAUGCCAGAUUGAUGGACACCCCAGGCCAAACACGAAGUGGUAUAAAAAUGGAGUAUUUCUAGCAGUUAAGGAGAAGGUUCUCACUCUGAAAAAACCUGCCCCUGGAGAUUCAGGCAUAUACAGCUGCUGUGCCCGCAACGGAGCCGGCCAAAUCUGCAGCAACUCCAACAUCACACUCAAUAUUAAAGAUAGGACGAUUCCUCGUGUGCUGGUGGCUCCAGAGGAUCAGGUGGUGCUCAGGAACGAAGAAGCCAUGUUUCAUUGUCAGUUCUCUGGCAAACCGCAACCUGUUGUAAAUUGGUUACAUGAGACAGAGCCUGUAACCAACAAGUCACGGGUUACAUUGUAUGAUAAUGGGACUCUUCACAUCAGUCAGGUGAAGCCUCGGAAUACAGGCCGCUACACUUGCGUGGCUCAAUAUGGAACUAUUCAUCAGGUGCAAGUGCAAGCCACUCUGCAUAUUGCAGAGAUUGAAGAUAUGAACCCCAGGGUGUUAAGGUUCUUCUCUGCUAACAACAAUGAGCAGCUAAUCUGCACUCCUCCACAUGGUUACCCCAAGCCGGUGGUUUGGUGGGAGAAAGAUGGUGUUCGAGUGCCCAGCGAGGGCCGGGUAUAUCAACAGGAUGGAGAUCUGAUCUUUAGUCCCACUGCAGUUGGAGACUCAGGAACUUACGUAUGCAUAGCACAGAAUAAGGCUGGUCAGAGGCGACAGGAGGCCAGCAUCACCAUCGCAGGGCCUCCGGAAUGGGUCUCCAAACCCCAAGACACUGAAAUGGAGGAGGGGCAGCCUGGGUACCUGCACUGCUAUGUCCAGGCCACGCCUCCUGCAGAGGUCAUCUGGUACCGCAACAUGCAAGAGAUCAGUGAGGAGAAUUCUCAGUUUAAACUUUUUCCAAAUGGGACUUUGAGGAUAAACAACGUGGAGGUAUAUGACGGACUGGUCUAUCAAUGCAUUUGCAAGACUGCGGGUGGUACCCUAAGGGGGCAGGCCAAGGUCUACGUUCUAGAGAAGCUGAAGUUCACCCCUGCUCCCCAGUCUCCACAGUGUCUGCAGCUGGAUAAAGAGGCCAGUGUUCAGUGCUCCGCUACAGGCAGACAGACUCCUACUAUACUCUGGACCAAAGCAGAUGGAAGUUCUGUCCCUGCUCAUAUAAAGCAAUUCAAUGGCACUCUUCAGUUUGAGAAAGUGACACGGAAUGAUGCGGGGAACUACUCCUGUAUAGCCAGUAACCAUCCACAGGGAGAGAUCAGAGCCCAUGUCUCACUUACUGUAGGAGUGUAUACAGAGUUUAAGGUGGAACCGGAGUUCACUACAGUGUAUCAGGGUCACACGGCAGCACUGCACUGCCAGGCUACUGGAGAGCCCCAGCCUUACAUUCAGUGGAUGGUCAAAGACAAAGCGCUGUCUACCAGCACCAGCAGAUUUAAAGAGAUGCCCAAUGGUUCUUUGAUCAUCAGCGACGUCACUACUGCUGACACGGGAAAGUACACUUGUAUAGCUGGCAACAGCUGUGGCAUCAGACAUCGAGUUGUACAGCUCUACGUCGUAGAGAAGCCAAACAAUAAUCGCGACAGUGACGAGGGGAAAACGCCAUAUAAGAUGAUUCAAACCAUCGGUCUGUCUGUGGGGGCAGCUGUUGCCUACAUCAUCGCCGUGCUCGGCCUCAUGUUUUACUGCAAGAAGAGACGCAAUGCUAAAAGACUGCAGAAGGGACUGGAUGGGGAAGAGCCGGAGAUGGAGUGUCUUAAUGGAGGAGCUAUGCAGCACAAUGGCCAAACUACAGCAGAGAUCCAGGAAGAAGUGGCUCUUACUAAUCUAGAGACAGUGUCUAGAGCUGAAAAAUGCCAAAGCAACACAGACAAGUUCCACUUUCCCAGGGCAGACUUACAGAUCAUCACUACAUUAGGCGAAGGGGAGUUUGGUGAGGUGUUCUUAGCCAAAGCACAGGGGAUUGAGGAAGGUGAAGAACAGACUGUGGUUCUGGUGAAGAGUCUGCUGAGCAGAGACGAGCUGUCGCAGUCUGAGUUCAGGCGGCAGGUCGACAUGUUUGGAAAAAUGAAUCACAGCAGCAUUGUGCGCCUGCUCGGCCUCUGCAAUGACACAGAACCUCAUUACAUGAUCCUGGAGUAUAUAGACCUGGGUGAUCUCAAACAGUUCUUGAGGAUUUCGAAAAGCAAAGAUGAGAAACUCAAACCGCAACCUAUCAGUACCAAAACCAAAGUAUCCUUCUGUGCCCAGGUGGCUGCUGGGAUGGAGCAUUUGUCCAACCAUCGUUUUGUCCAUAAGGACCUGGCAGCCCGGAACUGCCUAAUUAGUGGAGAGAGACAAGUCAAGAUUUCUGCACUUGGCCUGAGCAAGGAUGUCUACAACAGUGAGUAUUACCACUACAGGCAGAGUUUGAUCCCUUUGCGCUGGCUACCUGCAGAGUCAGUCUUUGAAAAUGACUUUUCCACCAAAUCUGAUGUGUGGGCUUUUGGUGUGCUGAUGUGGGAAGUGUUCAGCCAUGGUGAGCUGCCAUACUCCUCACUGAGUCAUGAGGAUGUACUCGAAGGCCUGCAAGCCGGCACACUGAAGCUUUCUGCUCCUGAAACCUGUCCUUCUAAAGUCUACAAACUGAUGAUUCAGUGCUGGGCUCCCAGUCUUAAAGAGCGCCCAUCUUUCAGUGAGUUAACCCAGGCUCUGGGAGACAUUCCAUUGGACAGUAAAGUGUGAGGACUACAUCUGCUCCUCCUUCCACCUGAAGUUUUGGAGCAAAGCCUUUCCAGUUCUGCUCUGCAACAAUCACAAACUUGCUCAGACUGGGUCCCACUCAUUUCAGGGAGCAAGCGUGCAUUAAUGACAAACAGGGGCGUUGAUAUCAGGGCAAUGUGUCUGUGUGUGUGUGUGUGUGUGUGUGUGUGUGUGUGUGUGUGUGUGUGUGUGUGUGUGUGUGUGUAAAAGAGAGUAUGACAACCCUGGAGACUUCUAUCUGCCUUAAACAUGGCUUCAUAUCACAUGCUUUUGACUAUUCAAUUUCAAUCGCCUGUUUAUGCUUUUAAUCUUCAGCUCUGCCUCUUUUCUACCCUGAGAUCUCCUUCUUUAUUUCUGGAGCCUCAGACAAUCUUUAAGGGGUACGAUCUUUAAAUUUGAUCUUUCACCUCUGUUGGCGCAGGACAAUCCACCCCCAAUUGGGGCAAAACCCACAAUGUGGCUCCUAAAUAUGCUGGACUCUGCAUUCGAUGCUCAGCUAAUGAACUUGAAGUUGUUGUGCGUAUAGUUGCGUGUCAGAAUGUAUGUGUUUUUGUGCGUGCUUUUUUUUUUUUUAGUUUUGCAAAGUGGAUUGGUGUCCAAGUCAAAAAGAGCAACGUUUGGAAGAGAGAUUGCCUGUUAAGGCUUUAUGCUCCAGAAUAAACGAAUACUUCUAGUAUUUGGUUUGUACACAUGAAAGUGCAAGGAGAGUCGGAGAUAUUUAAUUACAAUUGUACUUUUUUAAUUUUUUUAUACUUGCCUUUUUUACCUUGUGGUGCUCAUAUGAAACCAUAAUAUUUUGAUGGAGGAAACUUGCAAUACAUCUUAUUGCCUACAAGCCUAAAGCCAUGAUGAACUAUGUAUUCAAGAUUUCUGCAUAGCGAUAUUUAUAACCACCUCACUGUAUUAUUGCUUGGCAAAGCUCCUGUUACGUUCAUUAAUACCAACACCAUGCACUAAUUUCACCUAAAUACCUGUUUUAUAUAUUAUGUUUUUCUUUUUUUCUUUUUCAUUGUAGAAGGAUGUAUGUGAGCCUUUAUUUAUGAUGAAGGUUCUGUGUUUUUUUUUUAUGUUUUAAUGAAUGGUACUCCAAAUGGUACUCUUUUAUAAGAUUAUAUACUCCACUCAUUCUAACAUCUAUUUUGCAGUUAGAAAAGUAUUGUAGGGCAGCUGAGAGUUUCAGUGGUCACCAUCAAAUUUACGGGCCACAAGUGCCUAAGACAUGAAGGAUUUUUUUACAACUUAGUUUUCAGUUUAUUUUAUAAUACAGUUGCUUUGUUUUAUUUUUUAUGAAUUGUUUCAUAUCUAAUCUUUUCAUAUGAUAUAUUGAUUAUUUUCUGUUGGUUUGGUUGUUUAUUUCUCUGAAUAAACACAUGGUCCUUGCCUUUUAAUUUUUUUUUUUAUUACAUACUAAGCACUCAGUGUUUUGUUAGUCUACUUUAGCAAAGGUCAAAAUAAUCACAUUGUAUGCUGCUUACAUUAAACAUUCACAUUUGUAAUAA